CGAACGUUGGAGGACAAGACUCACUUCAUUGUUUGUGUCGCUUUUAACAUUUCAUUAUUAAAGAACUUUGUCAUACGCCCAUUUCAAAAUAUUGCUUUUAUUAUUUUUUCUUAACAAAAGCAUUAAUUUUUUUUUUUUUUUUUUUUUUUUGAAAAAAAGCAAAGAUUUUUUUUAUGGCUAAAAGACUCUACGACUUAAUUUUUAAUUUAAACAAAAAAAUCUUUUAGAUUUUUUAAGUUCUAGUUUGUAACUUUUUUUACAAUUAUUAUAUCAACGGAUUAUCAACAAUUAAAAUAAAAUUAUACUUGCAAUUUUUUUAAAAUUUUAUUAAGCAUUAUGAAUAAUACGCUCGCAUUCUUUUCUAUACUGUGUAAUAAUUACACAAGGUGAGUACAUAGAAAAUUAACUUGCAACAGUGCUGCAAAUAAGAAAUACAGACUAGAAUAAACAUUAUGUGAGUGCUCUUAUAAUAUUUUUUUUCGGAUUUCCCCCACAAAAUCAAAUAUCGCUUUCAUUUAUUUAAUAGCCACAUCUUGACAAUAUUCGUAAAAUUCCAGAACAUUUUCAUGCUUAUUUAUGUGUGUGUGUGGGGGUAUGGGGCUAGGCAGAAACAAUAUUUCAUCCCCAAGAAGCGUAGCUAGGAGAUUGUACAUGAAGCGAUAGCCCCGGAGGGUCUUAGGGUCUAUAUUUUGGAAUAACAUUAUUAUCAAUUGAUGUGAGUGUUGGGGGGGGGGGGAGGUCCACACUUUUGGGAUUUCACCAACCAGGCAGCACUUAUGCAAGGUAGACCGCAGCUCUACAACCGACAUCUAAUGUUUCAUAUUUUUCAUUGAGUAUUUUUUUAAAGUAAUGAAUAUCAAGCAUUAUUUUCGCAUUUUGUUUUCGCAUUUUUUUCCCGACCAAACUAGCUUGCAUGAUUCUUUUAUUCUAUCCAUCCUCCAAUUACCCCAAAAUCCUCUCUUUGAUGAUUGCCGGGUUAGGAAAAAGUUUUUGACUUAUGAACCAAACCUCACUUUUCUCUCUCUCUCUCUCUCUCUCUCUCUCUAACACCCUCAUUCUAUAAUUAAAUAACAUAAUUCAAUGAAAAGAUCUUAUAUUUACUCUUUGCUCUGCCAAAUGUCCUGACACCGUAGCGUAUGAUAAUGUGUUCUUGCUGGGUUUUUAGUCAUUAUUUUCGUGUGUGUGCUCUUUUCCGAAGGUAAAUCACACCCAGCAAGUCGAUAUGCACAAGAGGACGACGAUAUCACAUUGUGGAUACUUACGCUUGCUCAUCAAACGGUUUACCAGCCAUAGGAUUUGCUGCGUCGCAGCGUUGGCGACCAUUGUGGGAUCCCUCUUUGUCAUCACCGCACACACAAACCUGAACCACUUGCUGAGGAACAGGUGCUCCGCUCUCCUCCACGUCAACCAGGCGUGGGAGAGGGAAUCAUCCGUUCGUGAAAACCCCAACCCCGUUCACGAAAAUGCAC